CCGGCCCCGCUCUCUGCCGCGGCGCCCAACUUUUCCCGGGCCGAGUCCCGGGCUGAGCAGGACGGCGCCGGCCGCGGCCGCCCGCGCUCCAAGCUGCGGGCCCUCUUCGCCCACCCGCUGUACAGCGCCCCGGAGGAGCCGCCGCUGCUCGGGCCCGACGACCUGCUGCUGGCCGGCCAGGAGGCGCUGCGGUACUACCGGAGGAAGGUGGCCCGCUGGAACAGACGACACAAGAUCUACAGAGAACAGCUGAACCUCACCUCCCAGGAGCCGCCCCUGCAGCUCCAGUUCGACGCCAGCUGGAUCCAGUUCCACCUGGGCAUCAGCCGCCAAGGGCUGUACUCGCGGUCCAGCCCCGUCGUCAGCAGGCUCCUGCACGACAUGAGGCACCUGCCCUCCAUCAGUGCGGAUUACAGUCAGGACGAGAAAGCCUUGCUGGGGGCAUGUGACUGCACCCAGAUUGUGAAGCCCAGCGGGGUCCACCUGAAGCUGGUGUUGAGGUUCUCAGACUUCGGGAAGGCCAUGUUCAAACCCAUGAGACAGCAGCGGGACGAGGAGACACCCGCAGACUUCUUCUAUUUCAUUGACUUUCAGAGGCACAACGCUGAGAUCGCAGCUUUCCAUCUGGACAGGAUUCUGGACUUCCGGCGGGUGCCCCCAACAGUGGGCAGGCUGGUGAAUGUCACCAAGGAAAUCCUAGAGGUCACCAAGAAUGAGAUCUUGCAGAGUGUGUUCUUUGUGUCCCCAGCCAGCAAUGUGUGCUUCUUCGCCAAGUGCCCGUACAUGUGCAAGACGGAGUACGCAGUCUGCGGCAACCCCCACCUGCUGGAGGGAUCCCUGGCCGCCUUCCUGCCGUCUCUCAACCUGGCCCCCAGGCUGUCCGUGCCCAACCCCUGGAUCCGCUCCUACUCGCUGGCAGGCAAAGAGGAGUGGGAGGUCAACCCCCUUUACUGUGACACAGUGAAGCAGAUCUACCCAUACAACAGUGGCAACCGGCUCCUCAACAUCAUUGACAUGGCCAUCUUCGACUUCUUAAUAGGAAAUAUGGACCGUCACCACUACGAGAUGUUUACCAAAUUCGGGGACGACGGGUUCCUUAUUCACCUGGACAAUGCAAGAGGGUUUGGACGACAUUCCCAUGACGAAAUCUCCAUCCUCGCGCCUCUCUCGCAGUGCUGCAUGAUAAAGAAGAAGACACUACUGCACCUACAGCUCCUGGCCCAGGCUGACUACAGGCUGAGUGACGUGAUGCGGGAGUCGCUGCUCGGAGACCAGCUCAGCCCCGUGCUCACUGAGCCCCACCUCCUGGCCCUGGACCGAAGACUCCAGAUCGUCCUGGGGACAGUGCGGCGCUGCAUAGAGGUCCGGGGAGGGCAGAGCGUCAUAGCCGACGAUGGCCCAGCAAGGCAAUCAGCUCCAUACCCAGGCCAGGCUAACCUGACGAGCUGAGCACCCAACAGCCAAAUUUCAGAAGAGACACCGGAGCCAGCGGCAGACUCAGACUUUCGCUCUCUCACCCACAGGACAGUCCCAGGGGCUGAAUCACUAGCUCAGGAAGGAAGGACGCGUGGCAUGUUUGAAUCAAAGGGGAUCCACUCAGCUUGAUGUUACCCCUUGGUGUAAAGGUCGCUGCUUCUGCAGUGAACUGCCUUGGCUCCAUCUUCCCAGGAAGCACUGCUUCCAUCAAGGCUGCAGACUACCUUCUGGGAAGCCUGGCUAUGGCUCAGGCUCGCAAGAUCAGGCAGCCUGUUCUCAGGAGUCUAGCAGUCAAUUAAAAGGACAGCAAGUGAGUAUGUGCCUGUCCUCGGACCCCUACUGCACCUACAAGGGUAACGCCUGGUGCAGAUAAACACCUUGAGUACCUCAAGCAGACUCUCAUCUGCAAAUGGCUAACCUUCCCACUGCUACGACUCAGACCUCUUCCUCUCCUUAUGCUCUCCUCACUGGCCCAGUAUGAGUAAAAGAUGCUCCAUGACUGUCCUACGGUGACUUCUCUGGACAGUC